CGGUCCCGGACGCUGCGGGAGCCGCGGGUUACUGUGCAAACAUGGCCAAGUCCAAGAACCACACCACACACAACCAGUCCCGCAAAUGGGACAGAAAUGUCAUCAAGAAACCCCGGUCACAAAGAUACGAAUCUCUUAAGGGGGUGGACCCCAAAUUCUUGAGGAACAUGCGCUUUGCCAAGAAGCACAACAAGAAAGGCCUGAAGAAGAUGCAAGCAAACAACGCAAAGGCAAUGAGUGCGCGAGCAGAGGCCAUCAAGGCCCUUGUGAAGCCUGCAACUGUUAAACCCAAGAUGCCAAAGGCCCCUAGCCGCAAACUCAGCCACCUGGCUUUCAUCGCUCACCCCAAGCUUGGGAAGAAGAUUCGAAGCUACAUGGCUAAGGGUCGUCUGCUCUGCAAAUCAAAGCCCAAGGUUCAAACCAAGGCAGAGGCCACAGCUCCAGCUAAGGGCAAGGCUCCAGCUCCAGCUCCAGCUCAGGCUCCCAAAGGUGCCCAGGCCCCUGUGAAGGCCCCAUAGGAAAUAGGAAAUGGUUCUACUAAUGUGAAGACAGACGGACUGGUGUGACACACCCACCUACACACUAUUUACAGAUGACCAGUGUCCUAUGCUGUUUUUACAAAUAAACCUGAGGCAAGAUCUGUUUAAAUAAAUAAAUAAAUA